UAAAUACUGUAAACUCAAUUUGGAAAUUUUCUCUAUUCUGUUUACGGUCAAAAAAGAAAAUUUAAAUCGCCACUAUUUUUGGAUCCUUGUAUUAUAUACAGGAAACUUUGGCCUGCAAUCAAUUUAGCUUAAACCAGAAAAAGAAGAUAUAGCGAAGAUGAUCUAUCUACAUGGUAAGUUGCCAAACCGUUAUCUGAGUUUAUUACACAAUUUAACAGGUUCCGACGCGUGUAUAUAGGAUGUCACGUAGACUGAGAACUUCAGGAGUUCGUGGUCCGAACUCAGCUUUGACGGAAUUCUUAAGGAAUGCAGGUAUUACUGACGCGUUUAGAGCAAGACGUGAAAGAGAAGCUACUGAUGGAGAAAGUACUGCAAAUGGCAGUGAUCAAGAUGUACAAGAGGUAUUAGAAGAAGAAGGUGAUACUGUGGUGGAAGCUGAAGUAGAAAUGAUUCCAACAAGGAGAAGAUCAAGCAGACGUAAUCGGGUAAACGAAGCUGAAGUGGAAGAAGAUGAAGAAAUCAAGCAAAUUAAAAUAGCUGCCAUAAAGAAACGAAAGAUGGCUAAACGAGGUGGUAAUGGUGACGAUGAUGAUGAGUUUGAUGAUCCUGACUUCAGUGAGUUUGAAGAUGAAAUCGGAACGAAUGGUAUGAAACGAUUUGGUGAAGAAGAUACGUGUGUUGAUUGUGGUACUACUUUCCAUUUAACUGUUUAUUCACGGUUCUUAAAGGAGAAACAAGGUUACAUUUGUGAAAACUGUAAUGAAACUUUGAAAGUGAGAGAAAGAAAAGCAAGAAAGAAUCAAUUAAAUGCUCGUAAAAGAAGAAGAACCUUUGCUCAAGCUUUAUUAAAUAAAUCAGAAGUAAAGAUACCUAAACUUCAAGAUAUCUGUAUUAAGAAAAUAUCAGCUAAUAUAUCUGAUGUUGAUGCUUUGGGAGAUAUUGGUCAAGUUAAUUUAAAUAAAUUAUCCCAGAUCUUAUCCAAAAAUAGAUCCCUUAACGAUGAUACCAUUUCAUUAUUCUUGAAUCCUUCCUUAAAAUCAAUUGAAUUUUGGGAUUGUUCAAAUGUUGAUUCUGAUUCCUAUUCUAAGAUAGCUUCCUUUUGUCCUAAUGUUGAAUCAUUAACUUUAUUCAUGUGUGGUCAAUUACAUAAUGAUAAUUUAAAAUAUUAUACUACAAAUCUUAAAAACUUAAAAAAUCUUUCCUUAAAUGGUCCAUUUUUAAUUAGUGAUUCAAUGUGGCAGGAAUACUUUGAAGAAAGUGGAUCUCGAUUUGAAAAGUUUGAAAUUAGAAAUACUCAUCGUUUUGGUAAUGAUUCAUUAAUAAGUUUAUUAGAAAAUUCUGGUUCAAAAUUAUCAUCAUUAAAAUUAUCAAGACUAGAUGGUCUCGAUUCAGAAGCUGUAUACGAUUUGAUUCCUCAUUACCUUCUGCCUUCAACUCUAACCGAAUUAGAAAUCUCCUAUCCUCAUACAGAAGAUAUAGUAACCAAUGAUUUAUUAAUCAACAUUCUUGCUAUAACGGGAGAAUCAUUACAAUCUUUAAAUGUCGAUGGAUGUACUUCCUUGACUGACAGGUUUCUUUUGGAAGGUGUGGCUCGAUUCUGUCCUAAUUUGACUCAUUUGUCCAUGAAAUUAUUGGAUCAAGUGACUGAUGAAGGCUUUGCUCAAGCUUUUGAUGAGUUUUCAAAAGUUAACAAUGGAGGUUUAUUAAGUGUGGAUGUAACCAAAUGUAUUGGAUUAAGUGAUAAUGCCAUCUACAGUUUAUUAAAACAUUCAUCACAUACACUUAUUGAAUUAAGUCUAAACUCUCUUCAUCAAGUAACAAAAGACUUUUUCUUGCAAGUUUUCACUGAUGAUUUAACUGCCUUUAAAAAAUCAAGAUUGGAAAUGAUAGAACAACAAGGAGAUGAUGAACCUGAAGAUGAAGAUGAAGAUGGAGAUGGAGACCAUAAGAAAUUACAAUACUUCAGUCAUGUAAGAUUACCAUUAUUAACUACUUGGGAUUGUGGUUUCGUAAGAGCUGUUGAUGAUGAAAUAUUAGACUUGAUAGGUAAAAGUUGUCCGAAAUUGAGUAUUCUUGAAGUUUAUGGAAACAACAAGUGUACUAGUAAGGCAAACAUAGUUGAUGGUUUAAUGGUUAUUGGUCGUCAAAAUGAUCAAAUAUAGGUUUUAGUUGUACGUGUAUAUAUGGUAUUUACUCUACUGGUUAGGAAAUAAAUUCAAGAAUGAUAUUUACAUUAAAAUUAUAU